CAGCUCCCAGUGCCGGGGCUGGGGGUGCGCCCGGCGGGACCGCAAACACCUCUCACCCCCUCAGUCCCCUGACUCAUGGCUUCGGUAGGAUUUUCUGCUCUUAAAUAGAAAGGUGUGGGACUUGGGAAAAGAUGGAACGCUUUGCAGAAGGUGCCCACAUUGGAUGGAAUCCCUCCAGGAAUUGGUGCGGCACGGCGAUUCCUGAGGAGUGGGGACGGCUGGGGUGAGGAACACCAUUUAAAGGGAUCCUGACACGUUCACCACUUUCUCUCUACCAGCCCAUAGGAGCAGACAGUGUCUGAUGCUAAGGCUGCUCCCGCUUUCCAGACUUGAGCCUCCUGAAAUGCAGCACCAUCCUCCCCCUUCCCCCAGCCCGCCCUUCGCCAGCAGCCUCAUUAGCCGGCCUUGCAGUGCGUGUUUUCUCCCCCCUUUCUUUAGUUCCACUCGCCUACUGCAUUUUUGCAAAUUUGUUUCGAGAUCACUUUACCAGAGGAGCCGGGGGCUCCUUAAGGGAUACUAAUUACUGAUUUUUUUUUCUUCCUGAGUGACAGGCCCUUCCAUGGUUUCUUCUAUUUCCCCAAAAAUAUUCAAGGAAAAAGGCAUGAUAUUUUUUUUCCCAUCUCUUCAAAUACUUUUGGGGAAAAGCACGUUUCUUAACAGCCCAGCUCCUCUGAGUUAAGAGUCAAAUCUGCGAGCUAAAGCUGCCCAUGCCAGGAGAGCGGGAUUGAGGGGCUUGGCGUUGUGCACCGGGAGAUCUACAGUGCAUGCUUGGAGAGAACCCAAGCAUGCACCAACCCAGAAAGGUGAUCGGAACUGCAACCGGCACUUUAAAGAUCAAGUUUAUUUGUGCACGAAGCAUAAAUAUGUAAACAGCUCUAUUUUAGCCAGCGCGAACGCGGGCCCCCCGCAUCAGCCGAAGGACACUUGGUCUCGGGUCCCUAAUUACGGAGGAAAUUGCCCCAGCGCGCUGCGGAGCGCCUCGCCGAGAGCCGGUCCCGUACUGACGCCUCCGCAGCAGGGAUGGAGGUGAUGGACAGCUGCAAGUUCUCCCCGUCCGAGCUCUUCUAUGACAGCUCCUGCCUCUCCUCCCCGGAGGGCGAGUUCCCCGAGGAUUUUGAGCCCAGGGAUCUGCCUCCUUUCAGCGCCCACGAGCCCCCCGAGCCCGCCUGCUCCGAGGAAGAGGAGCAUGUCCGAGCUCCCACUGGCCACCACCAAGCUGGUCACUGCCUCAUGUGGGCUUGCAAAGCCUGCAAAAGAAAAUCCACCACAAUGGACCGAAGGAAGGCAGCCACCAUGAGGGAGAGGAGGAGGCUGAAGAAAGUGAACCAGGCUUUUGAGACCCUGAAGAGAUGCACCACUGCCAACCCCAACCAAAGACUCCCCAAAGUAGAGAUCCUGCGAAACGCCAUCAGAUACAUCGAGAGCCUCCAGGAGCUCUUGCGGGAACAGGUAGAAAACUACUAUCACCUGCCGGGACAGAGUUGCUCCGAACCGACCAGCCCCGCUUCCAGCUGCUCCGACGGGAUGGCCGACUGUGGCAGCCCCGUUUGGUCGGCGAGAGGCAGCGGCUUCGACGCCGUCUACUGCGCCGAGAUGGCUCACGGCUACGCCGCCGAUCAGAGCAGCGCCCUGUCCAGCCUGGACUGCCUCUCCAGCAUCGUGGACCGUCUCUCCCCGGCGGAGGAGCCAGGGCUGUCCCUCCGCGACGCCGACUCCCUCUCGCCCAGCGCCAGCAUCGACUCGGGGCCGGAGACGCCCGGGACGCCGCUGCCCCGACGGACCUACCAGGCGCUAUGAGGGGCCCGAGGGCCGGCACCCCGCG